AUGGAUAAAUACUAAAGUUUAGAUAAAUCCACCUUAAUGCAUAAUAUUUAUAAGUAUGAGACCAUAGAUAAGAUUGAAAAUUAAGGAAAAUUAAAGCUACCAGAUGAAUUUAUAAUAGAAAUUGUGAAUUUAUAUGGCGACAUCAACUGUCCAAAAAUUGAAGUUAAGCAUUAAGAUCUAGGAAAAUUAAUUGAGAGCAAGAGUUAAAAAAAGCCUAUGAAUUAAAAAGAUUUUAUAUAUCUUUUACAUAAUAUGAUGAUUAAUUCAUAAGAGACCAGUCGUUGGAGUUAUUUGAAUGAGCUUAAAGAGGAGAGGAAAUAGAAGAGAAGACAGUAAGUAAUUUGA